UUUUUUUUUUUUUUUUUUUUUUUUGGUGGGGGUUACAGAGUUUUACUCUGUUGCCCAGGCUGGAGUGCAGUGACACGAUCAUGGCUCACUGCCACCUCCAUCUCCCAGGCUCAAAUGGUCCUCCCACCUUAGCCUCCCAAGUAGCUGGGACCACAGGUACACACCACCAUGCCGGGCUAAUUUUUGUAUUUUUUGUAGAAAUGGGGGUUUCCCUAUGUUGCCCAGGCUAGUCUUGAACUCCUGGGCUCAAGCAAUCCUCCCAUCUUGGCCUCCUAAAAUGCUGGAAUUACAGGCAUGAGCCACUGUGCCCUGCCUAGUUACUCUCGGGCUAAGUUCACAUCCAUACACACAGGAUGUUCUUUCUGAGGCCCCCAAUGUGUCCCACAGGCACCAUGCUGUGUGUGACACUGCCCCAGAGAUGGAUGUUUAGUUUGCUUCCAACUGAUUAAUAGCAUGCAGUGGUGUGCUGGAGACAUUUGUACCUGGGCUGUUGUGUGUCAUGGGACUGUGUUUAUGAGAUGUAUUCUUAAAAGCAGUAUUCUAGCUUUUGAAUUUUAAAAUCUGAUGUUUAUGGCAAUUGUUAAAAUGAGGUUACUGUUUCCUACUGAAUACUAUCAACACCAAAAAAGAAGGAGGAGGUGGAGGAAAAAAAAGCAGCAAAGAGUAGGGCAUCCUAGCCAUAGGGCAUCUUUCUUGUUGGCAAAUAAGAACUUGGAGCCAGCCUUGGGUGGUGGCCAUUCCCCUCUGAGUCCCUGUCUGUUUUCUGGGAGCUGUACUGUGGGUCUCAGCAGGGCAGGGAGACCCCCCUGGGCAGCUUGCCUGGGACUCUGGGCAGCCUCUAUUUUCUCUGUCAGCUGUCCCUAGGCUGCUGCUGGGGGCGGUUGGGUCAUCUUUUCAACUCAGGGCUCACUGCAGAGCCAAGGUGAAAGCAAACCCACCUGCCCUAACUGGCUCCUAGGCACCUUCAAGGUCAUCUGCUGAAGACGGCAGUCUCACAGGUCAAGGCAAUCUUCCAGUAAAGACCCUCUGCUCUGUGUCCUGCCCUCUAGAAGGCACUGAGACCAGAGCCGGGACAAGGCUCAGGGGGCUGCGACUCCUAGGGACUUGCAGACUAGUGAGAGAGAAAGAACAUCGCAGUAGCCAGGCAGAACCAGGACAGGUGAGGCGCAGGCUGGCUUUCCUCUCCCGGCACGGUGUGGAGUCCUGCCCCGCCUCAGGGUUUUCCGGAGCCUGGAUCAUCAAGGAACAAGUAGACCUGGCCGCGGGGAGUGGGGAGGGAAGGGGUGUCUAUUGGGCAACAGGGCGGGGCAAAGCCCUGAAUAAAGGGGCGCAGGGCAGGCGCAGGUGGCAGAGCCUUCGUUUGCCAACGAAGCCUCCGGACUUCAAACAUGAAGCUUGUCUUCCUCGCCCUACUGUUCCUCGGGACCCUCGGACUGUGUCUGGCUGCCCGUAGGAGGAGUGUUCGAUGGUGCGCUGUAUCCAAACCCGAGGCCACAAAAUGCUCCCAAUGGCAAAGGAAUCUGAGAAGAGUGCGUGGCCCUCCUGUCAGCUGCAUAAAGAGAGCCUCCCCCACCAACUGUAUCCAGGCCAUUGCGGCAAACAGGGCCGAUGCUAUGACCCUUGAUGGUGGUUUGAUGUAUGAAGCAGGCCUGGCCCCCUACAAACUGCGACCUGUAGCAGCGGAAGUCUACGGGACCGAAGAAAAGCCACGAACCCACUAUUAUGCCGUGGCUGUGGUGAAGAAGGGCGGCCGCUUUCAGCUGAACGAACUGCAAGGUCUGAAGUCCUGCCACACAGGCCUUAACAGGACCGCUGGGUGGAUUGUCCCUAUAGGGAUGCUUCGUCCAUUCUUGAACUGGACGGGUCCACCUGAGGCCAUUGAGGCAGCUGUGGCCAGGUUCUUCUUAGCCAGCUGUGUUCCCGGUGCAGAUAAAGGACAGUUCCCCAACCUGUGUCGCCUGUGUGUGGGGACAGGGGAAAACAAAUGUGCCUUCUCCUCCCAGGAACCGUACUUCGGCUACUCUGGUGCCUUCAAGUGUCUGAGAGACGGCGCUGGAGACGUGGCUUUUAUCAGAGAGAGCACAGUGUUUGAGGACCUGUCAGACCCGGCUGAAAGGGACAAUUAUGAGCUGCUCUGCCCAGACAAUACUCGGAAGCCAGUGGACAAGUUCAAGGAGUGCCACCUGGCGCGGGUCCCUUCUCAUGCCGUUGUGGCACGAAGUGUGAACGGCAAGGAGGACGCCAUCUGGGAGCUUCUCCGCCAGGCACAGGAGAAGUUUGGAAAGGACAAGUCACCAGAGUUCCAGCUCUUUGGCUCCCCGAGAGGGCAGAAGGAUCUGCUGUUCAAGGACUCCGCCAUCGGGUUUUCGAGGGUCCCCCUGAGGAUCGAUUCUGGGCUGUACCUUGGCUCUGGCUACUUGACUGCCAUCCAGAACUUGAGGAAAAGUGAGGAGGAGGUGGCUGCCCGGCGUGCGCGAGUCGUGUGGUGUGCAGUGGGCCAGCAGGAGCUGGAAAAGUGUGACCAGUGGAGUGCCCUGAGCGAAGGCAAUGUGAACUGCUCCUUGGCCUCCACUGCGGACGACUGCAUCGCCCUGGUGCUGAAAGGAGAAGCUGAUGCCAUGAGUUUGGAUGGAGGAUAUGUGUACACUGCAGGCAAAUGUGGUUUGGUGCCUGUCCUGGCAGAGAACUACAAACCCCAACAAAGCAGUGGCCCUGAUCCUAACUGUGUGGAUAGGCCUGUGGAAGGAUAUCUUGCUGUGGCGGUGGUUAGGAAUUCAGACGCUGGCCUUACGUGGAACUCUCUGAAAGGCAAGAAGUCCUGCCACACCGCUGUGGACAGGACUGCAGGCUGGAACAUCCCCAUAGGCCUGCUCUUCAACCAGACGGGCUCCUGCAAAUUUGAUGAAUACUUCAGUCAAAGCUGUGCCCCUGGGGCUGACCCGAGAUCUAAUCUCUGUGCUCUGUGUAUUGGCAAUGAGCAGGGUGAGGAUAAGUGCGUGCCCAACAACAAUGAGAGAUACUACGGCUACACUGGGGCUUUCCGGUGCCUGGCUGAGAAUGCUGGAGACGUUGCGUUUGUGAAAGAUGUCACUGUCUUGCAGAACACUGAUGGAAAGAACACUGACGCAUGGGCUAAGGAUUUGAAGCUGAACGACUUUGAGCUGCUGUGCCUCGAUGGCACGCGGAAGCCUGUGACUGAGGCUAGGAGCUGCCAUCUCGCCAUGGCCCCGAAUCAUGCCGUGGUGUCUCGGACAGAAAAGGUGGAACGCCUGAAACAGGUGCUGUUCGACCAACAGGCUAAAUUUGGGAAAAAUGGAUCUGACUGCCCGGGCACAUUUUGCUUAUUCCAGUCUAAAACCAAAAACCUUCUGUUCAAUGACAACACUGAGUGUCUGGCCAGACUCCAUGGCAAAACAACAUAUGAAAAAUAUUUGGGACCACAGUAUGUCACAGCCAUUACUAAUCUGAAAAAGUGCUCAAGCUCCCCCCUCCUGGAAGCCUGUGCAUUCCUCCAGAAGUAAAACCCAAGAAGAUGGCCCAGCCUCCCCAAGGAAGCCUCAGCCAUUCACUGCCUCCAGCCCUUCUCCCCGGGUGUGCUGGGGCCUUGGCCUCCCUGGCUGAAGGUGGGGAUUGCCCAUCCAUCUGCUCACAAUUCCCUGCUGUCGUCUUAGCAAGAAAUAAAAUGAGAAAUAUUGUUGAUAUUCUCUCCUUA